AUGUUUUGUCAACAGCGUUACCAGAAAUCCUUUAGCUGUCAUUGUUAUCAUUAUAUAGACCCUAUCAUUAGCAUAUCAUCACUUCUGCAAAACAUCAAUAUUUUUGCAAUUAUCCAAACCUAUGCGAAAUUAUCAUCAUCAUCAUUUAUCACUGGACUGAGUCUUUCAUCUGAACAAUGCUAUAUUUCGCAUCCUUCCCAUACAAAUACCAAGGACAACAACUGA